UGAAAACUACCGCAAGAAGAAGAUCAAUAACCCUCCUGGAAUAUUCCGCAGACAGUUUGUUUCCAGUCUGGUCACAUUAACAGCUGAUGAGCCGGUUUUGAGAAAGACCCGGACCCGGAGUGGAGCCGGGUCACCUGUAAAAUCAAGAAGAAGAAGAAAAAGAAGAAGAAGAAGAAGAAGAAGAAGAAGAAGUAGUGGGUCAUAGUCCCGGAAGUGAUAUCAGAGUGAGUCCUCGGCAGGCUGACCGGCAUUAGCAGAGCUUCAAUAUGAACAGCCGAGGAGCAGCUGGAAAACCCAGAGAGCAGGAGGAAAAGGAGGAGGAGGACUUCUACGACUGCCAGGAGACUUUGGAACCUCCAUACCAAAGACGGGAGGAAGAGGAGGAGGAGGAGGAGGAGGAGACCCAACAGGAUGAAGGAGGAUCGGAGGACUUUCACAUUAAAACUGACAGACUGACUGAUAGAAGUGACAUCACAGAGAGUGAGGGGGAAGGACAGGAGGAGGCGCAGGGCGACAGGCUGCAGGAGGAGGCGCAGGGCGACAGGCUGCAGGAGGAGGCGCAGGGCGACAGGCUGCAGGAGGCGCAGGGCGACAGGCUGCAGGAGGAGGCGCAGGGCGACAGGCUGCAGGAGGAGGCGCAGGGCGACAGGCUGCAGGAGGAGGCGCAGGGCGACAGGCUGCAGGAGGAUUCAGAUUCAGAGAUGAAGGAGGAGAGCAGCCAGGAGAUGGAGUUUGACGAUGACUACCUGAGGGAGAUGGAGAAGGAGCUGACAGAGGAGGAGAGGGAGAGUCGACGGCAGCAAAGUUUAACUCUGAAGGAAAAAGGCAACAGCCAGUUUAAAGCUGGAGACUGGUUGGAGGCGGAGCAGAGCUACAAGGAGGCGUUGGUUUUAUGUCCGGUUUGUUUCGGCAGAGAGAGAGCUGUGCUGUUCUCCAACAGAGCUGCUGCAAGACUGCACCUGGAUCUGAAGGAUCAGGCGAUCUCAGACUGCACCAAAGCGAUAGAGCUGAAUCCAGAUUAUGUGCGGGCGUUGCUGAGGAGGGCGGAGCUUUACGAGCAGACGGAGAAGCUGGACGAGGCUCUGGAGGACUACAAGAAUGUUCUGGACCGAGACCCGAACCAGACCAUCGCCAGACAGGCCUGCAUGAGGUUACCUCAGCAGAUUCAGGAGAGAAACGAGAAGUUGAAGGAGGAGAUGAUGAGUAAACUGAAGGACCUGGGGAACAUGGUCCUGAGACCUUUUGGACUUUCGACCAACAACUUCCAGGUGAACCAGGACGCAGACACCGGCUCUUACUCCAUCAACUUCGUCCAGAACCCAAACAACAACAACAGAUGACAUCACAGCCCACAGUGAUGACAUCACAGCCAGCGCAGUAACAUGUAUAUGAACCCGUGUGUGUUCAGAGGAAAAUAAAAGCUGAUUGAUUUGUU